AUGGCAGACUUCGCUUCUACAAAUAUUGAUAAAUUCAUCCAUGUAUCUAAAUUAAUAUUGCGUAAUGUUGAUUGGGAUCGGACUGUAAAUGAAGUGAAGGAUGAAUUGGUCAAACUACAAGAUACUGAGUUGCAGGAGUUUGACCACCUGGUAAUUGAUGAGGCAAUUGAGAGAUUUGAUUAAUAUUAUUUUAGUUUGAUCUGGCAUUCCCCUUUUGGAAAGAAGCUGUCUUAAAUCAAACGAAACCUCGAGAUUUGGAAUCUAAGUUGGAGGAGAUUGGAGUGGGUGAGGAGGAAGCAACAAGGAUCUCAGAGUUAUGGCUAGACGAAGCGCCAGCGACACUAAAGAGGGCUAAAUUAAUGUCGGCAUCGGGGAAGCCGCAAGUUUCUGAUAUCAGAUGGGGAUUGGAAUUGGAGAGAGCAACGUAAGUAUGCUUUUUUCUAGUCUAAAAUUGGUUUUUAGGAGAUUCAAUAGUCCAAAGAGAGAACCGUUAAUCCAUUUUAAAUUCCUGACUGAUCAGGGAUCGGAGAAUGUGAAGAUGAAUAUUGACCAGCUAACUCAAUUACACUUGAUCCUCAAAGACAUACAGUCACACGUGGAUUCAGUCUACAAAUGA